UUCUGGUGUUUCUUUAAUGGAGUUUGAUAGGUGAUAAGUACAAGAAGGUUGGUUGAUUCUUUGGAGUAUCCAAAUAGAUUUUGGUUUAAUUUAUUAUGCAAAUUUGUUCAUUGGUUCACAACUUUACGAGGGUAUACUCUUGACUGUUUUAUACCGCGUUUUUGGAAGUCAUUUUAGUUUUAAAAUGAAGCUUCCAUGUUGCUUCUGGGUUGCUAGUCAAUGUAAUUUAUUCCCUAUUUAAAGGGUUCUAAGCAAAAGUUUAGGGUUACGCUUGUACCAAUUUUUUUUUUGGAAAAAUCAAACUAUCUUUUCUGGAAUUUGCAAUGACACUGAAGAGGGCUUUUCAAGGUGAUGAUGGUGAUGGGUUUGGAGGUUUGAGUCCUGACACUAAGAGGAGAGUUACUUUCAAGAAAGCUGUUAUAGAUGUCAUGAAAGGGAUCUCUAUUGAUGAAAUGGUCGCCCGAAUGGAGCCAUAUCUUCGCAGAGUGGUGCGAGAUGAGGUGGAACGUGUGAUUCUGCCUUUCAUUCACCAGACUGCAAGAACUUCAUUUGAUCAAGCUGAGACAUCUGAAAAAAGUCGCGUGCGGUUGGUUUUUGAUAACAAACUGCCCUCUCCAAUCUUUACCGGCAGCAAAAUAGAAGCUGAGGAUGGGGCACCUGUUAGAAUAGCAUUGAGGGAUACAUAUAGGGGGACUGUAGUGAAGUCUGGCCCACUCUCUUCGAUGAAGAUCGAGAUCCUUGUCCUUGAUGGUGAUUUUUGUUCUGAUGACCAAGAAGAUUGGUCAGAGAAUGAAUUCAGAGCCAAACUUGUUCGUGAAAGAGAAGGUAAACGACCACUGGUGACAGGGGAGCUCACUGUUACUCUAAAAGAGGGAGUUGGUAUCAUCAGUGAUGUAGUUUUCACCGACAACUCUAGCUGGAUGAGGUGCCGGAAGUUCAGGUUAGGAGCUAGAGCUAUGCAGAGAAAUAGUGGUGAUGUAAGAAUCCAGGAAGCUAGAAGUGAAGCUUUUAUGGUGAAGGAUCAUCGCGGCGAAUUAUACAAGAAACACUAUCCUCCAUCCUUGGAUGAUGAAGUAUGGCGCUUGGAGAAAAUAGCCAAAGAUGGCACGUUUCAUGAGCGAUUGGCUGAUAAUGAAGUUAAAACCGUGAGAGAUUUCCUGCAGUUGCAUACAACUAACCCCAAGAUGCUACGCAAUAUGCUUAAUGCCCCAACCAGGACCUGGGAGACAAUUGUAGAGCAUGCUAUAACUUGUGUUGUGGAUGAUGAAAAGUUGUAUGCUCAUUCUGCAAAUGCAGAUGGGGUUAUUCUGUUGUUUAAUUCCAUCUACAAGCCUGUAGCAGCCUCAUUUGACGGCAAAGUUUAUCAGUCUAUAGAUAAUCUAAACAACUCUCAGAAGUUUUUGGUGGAAAACUUAAAGAAACAUGCUUAUAAGCAUGUGCAAGACUUUUUCGCGGUUGAUGCACGUGCCAUUUUAGGCCCUCAAAGGUGCUUAAUGGAUCUGCAGGCUGAACAAUUCAAUAGUCCAACUUCAAUUCUGCAACAUCAUGAGUUCCCAGUUGCACAAGAAAUGCUGCUGGAUCUUGACCAUGCUUCGACUUCAACCUCUAAUACUUAUCAGGCGGUAGACUGCAAUCAGUUCCAACUAUCCCUACCACAAAACAGUCAUCAUCCCGUCCAAAUGUUUAGUCCUAUGCUAAGAAACAGCUUCAAAAUGGCUGAUUUUUUCCCCAAUGAGGAAAUCAGUUGGCCUUCUGGUGGUUCUCAAGGACAAAUUGCGCCAAACUGUAACUUAGGCGUAGAGUCCAUUUCUCCGGUUCCAAUGCCAACCUGGUCUCCGAUUAAUCCCGUAUGGGAGUCAGGCAAUAGUUUUUUCCUUGCUCCAAGCAAUGAAUCCGAACUUGGCAGUGCUUCCUCUUUUCCCAACUUUGGUGUACAUAUGUCAAGGACUGGCAACCCUAGAGCAGCCUGGUGCAAGAUCAAAGCUGCUGUAAAAUGGGGAUCAGUCAGGCGCCAUGUGGCCGCCAAAAGAAUGGCAAGGCCUUUCUAUGUAAAUCAACUGCUAGGCCCUAGCAUUAAUUAA